AUGGCGGGAGCAAUAACCGCGAUUCCUGGGCAAGACCCCCAGCUCGCGGAGUUGAUGAAAUACUCCUACGAUGACUAUAAGGGGAUAUUUUCCAUGAACCCACAAAUUCAACAGAAGUUUGAAGACCAUUUUAUCAACUUCGUCCAGAUUCUCUUCGGUCGGUACGAUGUGAUGCGCUACACCUCCGAGCUGCUACACAUUUUGUAUCGCUUGAUCUCGAUCAAGUUUUCCAAGCACCCUCGGCUGUUCGAAGACGCGAACAACGGAGCAGAGACAUACGCUCACUGGCUCAAGGAGUUCGUCGAACGGAGUGACAACACACCUCUUCCCGAGAUCCCUCGAACUCCCGAGGCCUUAAAGUACAUCGAAUCACUAUUCGUGGCCAUUCGGUUCUGGAAGGGACGAUUACACCUUGAUAGGUCUAAGACCUAUGACCUCGAGAGUUUUGAUGACGCCGAGGACAAGAUUAUGCGUGGGAAGAAAGAUAGCGCUGACGAGCACUCGUUUAGCAGCGUUGAGUCGUAUCGAAUUUGCAGAGCCCUGCUCAUUUAUGAGCUAUUCUGCAUGUUAUUCCAGCGCCAUCCCGACACGUUCUACAAUGGCCGUGUUUCCGAGCAAAUGCUCUUUAUCCAGGCCUUGCAGCCCUUUCUCUUGAACGAAUUGGAUGCCGUCUAUGGAAUGAUCGAGUGUCACCUAGCUGCACUUUGGCGAAUGGGUUCUUCCAUUUGUCGGAAGGCCGUUCCCUUAGAUCCUGGACGACAUGUCACACCUAGCAGCGUCGGACUGGAGAGCUUCAUGAGCACGGGUCUUAUAGAGCUUUUCAACAUGUUAACCUCUGAUGAGUUUGACGCAGGCUUCUAUGCAACCGACCAAGCUGCCAUAGAUGACUACUUUUGCUGGUGGGAGGAGGCGCAGCGACUUGACGCGAACGUGUUUUUCAACACACCCUUGUCGCUUUAUUCUCAAAGAUCCCUAGCAGCAGACAGUGUUCUGAUACCUAACAUGGUAUCGCCAGACAUGGGACGUUGGCGUGGCGCGCCGAACAAAUCAAACGAGCCAUCAUGGCUGAGCAAGUCUUUUUCCGCUCACAAUGCCUCUUCGGCAGAGUAUUCUCGAAUCGCAGGGCUGAUUGCCAAUGACCCCCAGAAUUGGAACGGACUCGCCUUCUGGGAAAAAGACCGUUUCGAUCGUCAUUUCCGAUUAUUGCAGUCCGAUCCGGUCAUCAACCGAGCGUUCCCUAUCGCGAACCACGAUACUAGACCUAAGAAUGCAGCUACUAUGUCUUAUUUCAGAAACCAUGACCCUCGUAAGGAUCGUUCUCCGGUCGCUUUGUCCCGGCAAUCCAUUGCGACUUACAACCGGAUCUUGGGCCCCUCCACAUAAACCAUCAAGGCAUCAGUGCCCCAACGUUUACCUUUCACCUUAGUCACCGGGACUUCUAACAUUGUCGCACGGCUACCUAUUUGCGAAAAUCCCAAUUAGGUGUUCGUUGAACCUGCCUAUGAGAUUAGGAUACGGAAGAUAUCCUACCUACCUUACCAAGAAUCGUAUUUCCAGGGGGGAGCAAAUUCGACUGCAUCCCAUUACCCCUUUUAGUCUUCAAAGACUACUCACUGCUUAAGCUUCUGGGACUUUUUCUUAAAGUCGAAAAAUACCGCCAUCCGAGUCGCCGAACUUCUGC